GAUUCAGUUGUACGUUUAGCUCGGAACCUUCUGCAUCGUCGUGAGCGAUUUGCAGAGAGCGUUUGCUCGUGACACGAAUCGAGUUGUAUGUAUCUUCCUCUUUCAAAGCGAUGGGGAGCCAAAUUGUGACUCUGGAAGGAUAGAUACCUAGAUGAUUCUCUGAAAAGGGUCAAGUGUGUGCAAAUAAAAGGAAAACUAUUUCGAUAUCACGGCACGGUCGUUUCCAGUAAUAAAAAUCAAAUAAACAGGUACAUUGCAGAAGAAAUCCCGUGAAUGUGAACGACUUGUGUGAAUUUCUUGACAUCCACACGUCUAGUUUUCCCAAACAGGAUACUGAUGCUGUGAAUACAUACGUAUGUACGUCGGAUAUUGGAGACAAAAGUGCAGGAUGUGACGUUUUCAAAUCACAACUUUAUGGUAUUCACUGAAAACUGAGGGAUUUUUUUCCUACCGAUGAUUCUAAAAUUAGUUACAGAAGACUGUAGACAUAUUUUUCCCGAGUUCCAAUCUGUACGGACGUGAAGACUGAUGUGAUGAAAGAAAAUUUACCACGGUUGUUGUAACAGACUAUGCUCUAGGACUGGAAGUGAAGAGAAGAAAAUUCAAACACUACAAGUGUAAAGCUCAUCUUUAAUGGAAAUUUUGACUCGGAUCGCCGGUGGGUUUGCUGGCCUGUGGAGAAGCCGUAGACGAUCGCAUCACCAUGAGCACUUUGAAGAAACCACUCAGAACAACACAAAUCCAUCGGAUCUCACCGCGCACGAAGUUUCCAAAUAUCUGAAGAACAAUGCGGACUUCCUUGAUACAUUCAUCAUGGAUGAGAUCCAGUUGGAGCAACUCGAGAGAUGGAUGAUAAGAAAAACUCAACGGUUGCGUAAAGCACCGCAGGCAACCGGGAAGAAUGGUCGAAAAACUAGCUUGAGUCGCUGGAAGUUUUGCGUACACGCCGACAAGCGGCAGAUGCUGCAGGAUCUCAUCCACUCGCUGCAGCUUCGACCAACGAAAAUGCACGUUCUGUGGGAACUGGCAUCCUGCAUUUGUUCAGCGGUCAACGCUGACGGUUUUAGGUUGUAUCUCACGGAUACAAUGGACAAAGAUUCGCUACACCUGUGUCUGAGCAACAGCUUCAUUGAUGAAAAUGGCGAUCCGAAACCAUUGAAAAUUAAAUCCGACGCAGCAAUACCAAACUAUGUUGCAAAGUCCAGGGAGCCUAUUCGAUUCUCCAAAGGCGACAUCGACCAGCGAUUUCCGGAAAAUGUGCUUCAGAAGAGUGAAAUGGCCCAUGUGAUGUGUCAACCUAUUGUUUAUCCGGACGGAUCCCUGGUAGCAGUUUUGGAGCUUUGGCGCCGUGAUUGCGGAUCCCCCUUCUACGAGGAGGAUGAAGAAAUUGGCUGCAGCUACCUGGUUUGGGGUGGAAUAGCUAUUCACUACGCACACCUUAAUUUGGUCGGACUGAAGCAACGGAAAUUGAAUGAAUUUUUACUAGCGGUCGUGAAGUCUAUAUUUCAAGAUAUGGUUAGCAUGGACAUGUUGGUCUCCAAGAUUAUGAAUUUCGCACAACGACUUGUAGAUGCAGAUCGAGCAUCGCUAUUUCUUGUAGAUUCGAGAAGCAAAGAACUAUACGCAACAAUUUUCGAUGUAGGUUGUGACGAUAAGGAAAACAAAAGUGAUAAUGAAAGUGAACAAUUUAAAGCGCCCAAGGAAAUAAGGUUCCCUAUGGGGACAGGUAUUGCCGGCCAAGUAGCAAUGACAGGAGAAGUUCUGAACAUUGUAGAUGCUUACGCGGAUGCUCGAUUCAACCGGUCGAUAGACCAGCUUACCGGAUACAAAACGGAAACCAUCCUAUGCAUGCCGAUAUUCAUCAGGGGUAACGUUAUUGGAGUUGUACAGAUGGUGAACAAACGAACAGGAUAUUUCAACAAGGAAGACGAAGAAGCUUUCGAAAUGUUUGCUAUAUAUUGUGGACUGGCUUUACACCACGCCAAGCUGUACGAUAAAAUUCGACGUUCGGAGCAGAAGUAUCGCGUAGCCCUCGAAGUGCUCAGUUAUCACAACACCUGCACUGAACAGGAAGUUGAUCGAUGUCUUUCAGUUGGAAUACCUCAAAAUGUUCCUGGUAUUGACAAAUACGACUUCAGCCCGUUCAAUAUUGAUGAUUUCGAAAAGGUCAUCUACAGUGUCUAUAUGUUCAAAGAUCUGUUCGGCUACGGAAGAUUUGAUAGAAAUUGUCUGAUACGAUUUACCCUGACUGUAAAGAAAAACUACAGACGUGUACCGUAUCAUAAUUGGACCCAUGGAUUUUCAGUUGCGAACACGAUGUAUAGUAUUAUAAAAAACUGCAGCUCAGUUUUUCGACCCAAUGAGUGUCUCGCUUUAUUCAUCGGAUCGUUGUGCCACGACCUAGAUCACCGAGGAAAAAAUAAUAAAUUUAUGUUGGACACUGAGGCCCCACUAGCUGCCAUCUACAGCACAUCUACAAUGGAGCACCAUCAUUUCAAUCAAACUGUAACCAUUCUUCAGCAGGAAGGGCAUAACAUAUUUAGUAAAUUGAACAGCAACGAAUAUAAACAGGUUCUGAGUCUUAUCAAACAUUGCAUAUUGGCUACCGACUUGGCAUUGUUCUUCCCCAAUAAACAAAAACUGAAUGCACUGGUCGAUGAGGAAAAAUUCUCGUGGACCAUCACUGAACAUCGAAUGUUGAUACAAGCUAUAGCGAUGACUGGGGCCGAUCUGUCUGCUUCGGCCAAACCAUGGGAAAUACAAACGGAAACUGUGAAGGUUAUAUUUGCCGAGUUUUACGAUCAAGGAGACGAGGAAAAGAAGGCAGGACGAAAGCCGAUACCGAUGAUGGACCGAGAUCAACCAGAACAGCAAGCAACAUCCCAACUGGGCUUUCUCAGUGAAAUAUGUAUUCCAUGCUACAGGUUACUGAACCGCCUGAUUCCGGAAACUGAACCAAUGCUUAAUAUGUGUAACGAAAAUUUAGAUAAAUGGAACAAGAUUGCUGAAGAGAAUAAAAAGAAUAAGGGUUAGUGUUCACAUUGCGCAUUGAAUCAAGUUUUCAUUUAACUCAACAACAGAAGAAGUUUAAUAUAAUAAAACAUCCCACAUAUUUGAUUAUUUUGUUCAGCAUUGAAAGUGUUAAGACUGUAGAAGACGAUUUAUCGGUGUUGUGAAACGCAAAGCGUGCAUUGAUGUUCAUAAAUAAUAAUCCCAGAGCGUUGAAUAUCUGAAAUGUAUGUAUAUAUGUAUGUAUGAAUAUACCAGUGAACAUCAGAGUUCACCGUCAAUUAAUCACCGAAUAAAUUUUAUUUUGGGUCUUUUUUAUUCAACUGCAAACAGUAUUCAUGAGCUAAAGUGACCUUCAAUGUUUACUAUUUAUAUAAAUAUAUACCAAAAAUAAAUGUUAGCAAUAUUUGUACUGUAAUGUUUUA